AAUUAAUGGCAGCGUCUGGGACUCUGUUCUGUGGGCAGGGAUCAACAUGGUGAAGAGGAAGUUGGCAGCUCACGACAACCUGAAGAUCAUCCUUGAACAAACCGGAGACAAGUUCCACGUGAAGGAGAGCAGCAACUUCCGCACCCUGGAACUGGACUUCACUCUGGGAGUCACCUUCGACUACAGCCUGGCCGACGGAACCGAGCUCUCCGGCGCCUGGAAUAUGGAAGGAGACACGCUGAAGGGGGUUUUCACCCGCAAGGACAACAACAAGCAACUGACCACAACAAGAAUCAUUCAGGGAGACGAGCUUGUUCAGAGCUACAGCUACGAAGGAGUGGACGCCAAGAGGAUCUUCAAGAGAGGUUGAAGACAAGAUCCAGCUGACAGUAUUGCCUAAAAGUGACCAACUCAUUGCACUGAACUCCUCUACAAGAUUAUGAAACACCGGCGCUAAUAAAGAUUUUUUACACCUUG